AUGCAAAGCCCUCUGCUCAUUCAGUCUGCCAACGUUCCAUCUUCUUCUAAGUCAGACCACCGCUAUCAAUCACCUCUGAUAGUGGACUAUCCGCUGCUAGCGCAGAGGGGACAAGUGAGCGGGCAGCCUCCUAUCGCACACGUCCAGCAAUACGAGCGUGCAUGCCCGGUCCCCACUACUACACUCAAUCACCCCUUGGGUGUAGAUGCAGUAUAUUACCGAGACUAUCCCCUGUUAGCGCAGAGGGGACAAGUGAGCGGGCAGCCUCCUAUCGCACACGUCCAGCAAUACAGGCGUGCGUGCCCAGUCCCCACUGCUGCACUCGAUCAGCCCUCGGGUGUAAAUGCAGUGUAUUACCGACCCGCCGUGGAUGUCCCAGUGGUCGCUCAAUAUCACGCAUCAGCUACCUUCUCGCCGAAGGACAUCAGUUUGGUACAUACCCAUGCGUCAUAUUCUAACCAGCCCAUUUCCGAGUUCAUCAGCAAUAACUGCGGGAACUGGACACUCGCGUUGGAUGUCCCUAUCCCAAAAGACUUGGUCCACCCGACGCUCACGUCACUCUCAUAUACGGUCAAAUAUAGCACGGCGAAUGAUCACUUAGCUUGUGUCGUGCGAUCCAAUAUUCUACUCGCAACAAUGGAAUCAGAGGAGCCAGGCGAUAAGAAGACUAGCGAGGCUACUGCUGUGUGCCUUUCGUCCGUGCUAGGCAUCAAAGCUAAUGACUUAGAGAACCAGUGGAACCACUUCGUAGAUCGCCAAGAAAUUCCUGUUAAUGCCCGCAUCGUCAAGGACAGCCGUCUGUACUUGCAGAUCCACAUCUCAGAGUAUCCUACCGUAGCGAUGCUGCGCUCUCUUUCGAUGGAUGUCUUUGCUACUUGGCUGGAUGAAGAUGAAGAAAAACGUCUGCUUCAGAAACGUCAAGAAGCUGAGGUGGGCAGCGCCGCGGAUGAGAAGAUGCAGGAAAAGAUCCAAAAAGCGCUCGACCGUCUUCCAAAGGAACGUAAAUGUCCUAAAGGAUAUGCUUGGGUCCAAAAUCCGACUGGCUUCGAGUGCGCGGCGGGUGGACACAGCAUUUCUUGGGAGGAAUUGAAUCAAUUGACUGGCUCGAGUAACUAG